GGCGGUUGGAGCUUUCCGGCGGUGCAGCCAGACGAUGAGCCCUUCAACACGUCCCCCCCCGAGUCGCCACCGCCACGAGGUGAGCCCCGGGUCUCUUUUCGAGCGAACGGCGGUUGGAGUCUUGCAGGUCCGAAUGCGGAGCCUGGCUCCGAAGCCGUCGCGCCGCCGCCUGCGGGCAUAUCAGUUCGCACACCGGAACGGCUUGCGGGGCUCGGCCGUUCCACGCCGCCGAGGCCUCUCCCUGCCUUGCCAUCCGCACUGUCAGUACCUUUCACGCGUGUGGACAGCUUCCCUCGGCCGUUGGAUCCCUAUGCGCGGCCCUUGUCACCGCCAUUGCGGCAGGCCGGCUCCGCCGCGCGGCUUUCCGCUCCACGGCUCUUGGAGCCACAGCGGCUUGAGCCGCAGGAUGGACGUCGCUUCGAUCCCAGGCUUUCACAGGUGCCCAAUCCUUACGCCCCCAGUCGUUUGGUGCCUUUGGACCAACUGGGAGCGGCUCCUGUGCCCCUUGCGCCACAGGACAUGUCCAAUGCGCUCCAGGUGCCCAAUCCCUACACGCCUCGACUGCUGCAUCCGGAGCCGAAUGGCCCGAAUGGCCCGUGUGCCAUGGGACUGCCAUUGUUUUGUUUCAUCUUGGUGUCGGUGCUGGCGGCCCAUUUGAUUUUCUUCGGAACCUUAGGUUGCGACGGCAUCAUGCUGUCAGAUCGAUUGGCUCUAGUUGAGUAUGAUGUGCCUGGACCUAGAGUAAUUCAUGAAAGGUGGAUUCUAGAUCACAUUGAGAACGAAGAUUACAUCAUAGUGACACCUGAUGCUGACAUCUACGCAGAGACGAUGUCUGUUCAGAACCAGGACUUUAGGUCCUUUCGGUUGCGUCCAGCCCCAGGGAGACUGCCUCCUGGUGUGGUCCUGGCCGAGGCAUAUGGUUUGCGAGCUUGGACUCCUGCUGAAAAGGCCAAUUUCCGAGUGCUAGCUACCGCUGAAGCUACUGCUGAACGGGGCCGACGUGGUUUGGCUGCUGCAGCAGCGGCAGGGCCAGGGGCUGUUGCCGCCGCGGCGGCUGCAGUCGCUGCCCCGGCUGCUGCUGGAGGCCGGCCUGGCAUUGAGGAGGGUUCCAUAGUCCAGCCCACUUGGGUGGCUGCCGAGGCAUCUGGAAGUGUCCGAUAUGGCCAGGUAAUUGACCAUGUUUUAGCAGCUGCAGUGGUUGGUGCCAAGACAGUGCAUAUGAUGGCAGAUGGCAGUUCGAUCUUUUGUGAAUGCGUUGAUGUCUCCACAGUUGAGCAGUUCAAUUCAAAGCCUUCUCUGUGUGACUCCAGGAUCGUGCCCGUCAAGCUGAACGCCCUCAAGACACCAGAGCGUCCAUUAGCUGAAAUAGUUGCCUUGGGGAUGCAGCAUGACAUGGGAUGGAAGCUACAUGGUCCUAGGACCGCCAAAUGGUGUUGCAACUAUCUUGUGAUUGAAGGAUUGGGCUUUGAAGCCCACCACGAGAGAUUUCGUACGUUGUGCAAGCUCGAUGGUGGGGCGUGGGGAGUUCAAGAGCAUUUCCAAUUGAGUAUGAUGUUGAGACAACUCAUCCAAGUCGAUCAAUUCGACCCCUUCAACUCCUAUGGUAUCGAGUUGAUGUUUCGUCGUGCCCAAACAAUAGAAUACUCCCAUUCUGAAAAGGCUCGCGAGUUAGAGAGCCGGAAUGUGGGAGGCAAGCUGUCACUGGAGGAGCAAUACUCCUUUGGCUCUUUGGUCAGACAGGCUGGUACAUUGAUGGUGUCUCCAGACCUUCUGGAGCACGUGAAGGCCGAGGUUGAGAAGGACGUCCAGCUUGCCAAAAACAUGAGGAAGGCACGUGAGGAAAGGGAGUUGGCCAGGAAGAAGGGUGGUCCUGGUGGGAAGAAGGUCUUUUUGAGCGUGGACCCUGACCGUGAGGUUCCACGUGACUUGCUGCCUCUGCCAAUGGUUGUGCCUAGUUGCUCAGAGGCGCCGCGGCAGCUUCGAGCUUUUGAUGGCUACAGUGACAAUGACCAAGUCCCGUGUGCUGUCAAGUCCUAUUCACCAUCUUUGCUUUCUUUGCCGGAAGGUGGGAACCGAGUGUUACCAGUUGCUGGCUUGAUGGGUGAGGGUGGUUGUGAGAUUUUGGACGAAUUUUGUCGUUCGAGAGUUCUGCACGAAAAGGAAGCCCGAAGUAAUCUGGAUAGGGCCGGGGUGCGGGAGUGCUACAGUGAUCCCUUGCUGAAGGAACCAGGAACUUACAAGGAGUUCAUCAAAAGGCUAGCUAGGGCUGACCUCAUUGAGUUCACGACGUCUGCACCAAUUGAGCGAGUUGAGGCAUUCUUUGUUGGCAAAAAAGAUGGCCGUCUGAGGAUGGUUGUUGACUGCCGGCGCUCCAACUGCUGGUUCUCACCGCCGGACAAGGUGCGUCUUUGCACUGCAGAAGCAUUGUCCCGGAUUGAGCUGGAACCAGGUUCGGAGCUGACAGUCUGCACAGCUGACCUCAAGGAUGCAUUUUAUCACUUUGAGCUUCCUCUGGAACUACGUAGGUAUUUUGGCAUGCGCCGCGUACUGGCUGGUGAGGUUGGCAUUUCCUGCAUUGAUGGUGUGGCUGUCUCUCCUUCAAGACUGGUGUGGCCCAGGUUGAAGGCCUUGCCUAUGGGAUGGUCGCAUGCUUUGUGGUUCUGCCAGAUGAUUCAUCAGCGAAUAGUGCAAGGCGUUGGAGCCGGAAUGCAAACUAGGUUGGAAGACCGUACAGCAGUGCCUUCAGGUGAUUGCAUGCAUCUUGAGUAUGUUGACAACUUUGUGGUCCUUGGAACCUCAUCCUCAAAGGUGUCUCAGAUCGCAGAAGCAGGUGUCAGUGCCUUGAGAGUUAUUUCAGUAGAUGCAUCAACAUGGGGAUUGGGUGCAACUACAACUUCAGACUUCACUAUACCAGAGAUUCAACAACUUGGUCGAUUUUCAGAGCGUUGGAGAUUUGAUAUAGAUGAGUUCAAGUACCCACGAGCCAGUGCCUUUGGUGUUCACAGCAACGCUGUCACUGAUGAGGCAGAUGUGCUGCAGUGGGCGGCCAGCAACUCAGAGGCGCGAGGGUUACUCAACAAAUUGGUGCAUUAUGGUUGGCAUCCGGAAGUUGUGGUCACUACAGAUGGCUUCCAUCAGAAUGGAAUCCGGCCGAUGGCCCGUCUCGUGGUUCGAGAUACCCCAGUGUUCCAGUUCAGUAUCCGGCUGAUGGUCAUCUACCGCCAGCUGCAAGUGUCCCCCCCACGGAAUGCAAAGCGUUGCAAAAAGGUGCUGAAAGAUCCUGCAACGGCGCAGAAGGCCAAGAAGGAGAAGCGCCAACAGCAAUUGCAGGAAGUGGGAUCUUUAGCUGCAGCCUCGGUGGGGGCACGGUGCCGGAGCAAAUAUCUGGAAUGCUUCAACAGGUUCUGCCGUAUGACCAACCUUCAGAAGAACAAGAUCAAGUCCUUCCCAACCUUGGACACUGCCUUGACAUAUGUGCUGACAGAAAUGUUUGGGGAAGGGGAAGACAUCAGUCAGGCCAACUACAUGAUAGCGGGGGUUCUCUUUUUUCUGCCCGAGUACAAGACACCAAAGAUGACAGGUCUCCCCAACACCAAGCAGAGCCUUCAAGGAUGGCGCAAGCUGGAUCCUCCCAAGUCCCGCUUGCCUUUACCUUGGCCAGUGGUUUGUUUGAUGGUGAAGGAGGCUUUCAAACAAAGGCAGACACAACUAGGGCUGAUGAUGCUGUUGGCGUUCAAUGCCUACCUGCGUCCUGGAGAGAUCGAAAAGCUGCGGGUACAAGAUUUGGUGCCUCCUGCGACCAAGCAGAAAUCCUGGAGCCUGGUUCUUCAUCCCUUCGAAGAGGGGAUCCCUUCCAAGACCGGGGAGUUCGACGAGUCGUUGAUGCUGGACCGAUUUCUCAUCCUGCCCCAGACAAUCUACAGGGUGAUGAGAGUGCAGCAGCAGCGUCCCUCAGCCCCUCUGUUCACCAGGACAGCCAAGGAGUUGAAGGAUUUCAUGACAAGCCUCAGCGCUCCCUUGAAGCUGGAGAAGCUGGAAGAGCUUCACCCAUACCGCCUCCGACAUGGCGGGGCCAGCGAGGACUUCAACAGACAGACCCGCACCCUGCAAGAAAUUCAGAGGCGCUUGGGUAUCUUUCAGUGUAUCACAUCAGUGGUCUUUGCAGACUUCCCACUGAAUUGUUGUGCAUAUGCAGAUCUUCGAAGCAAUGUCUUGCCUUUCCCGGGGCGGAGCUACCCUCCCGCGCCGCUGUCGAGCGCCUCGCCGCUGCACCCGACCUCCGCGCUGUCGCUGCGGGGGGCACAGCUGUCGGUUCGGCCUAGCACCAUACCAUUGCCCAAUUCUUUGCGGCCGCAAUCGAUGAAUCGGCCGCCGCCCAUGACGAUGCAAGCGCAGUCCAUGCCGCUACCAGAUGAAGAUGAUGGCCAUGUGCCUAUCCCUCAUCGCAUCGAGGACAUGGGCGAUGGACUAGCACGACAGCCUCCCAGCAGUCAAGAGAAACCGCCCGCGUGGCACGACAUCGAGGAGAGGCCACAUUUGAUCGAAGUGGAGCUAGAUGAGCUGGAAUUGCAUCCUGAUGCACCCGAUCUGCAAGCAGGUUGGUUCGAGUCCCUGAGGUACUUCAUCUCCUUGCAUCCGCGCUCAGAGGAGCCAGACCACAUUCCCUUGCCGCGGGAUCCGCCGUUGCAAAGCGUCGACGGCCACUAUUUGGUGUCGCAGGCUCAAAGGGCCUACAAACCGGCAGCUCAGGUGGGCUUCAGUGAAGACGGACCCAAUCAGAAUUUGGUCGCCACCUUCGAGGAGGCGAUGAGUCUUCCAAUGGAGAAGUUGGAUCAUCAUUUGGUGGCCUACGUUUGGGCCAUCAAAAGCGGCAUGAUGGGCGCACAAACCACAACCCUGGUAGGGCGUGCCUUAGCCCCGCUGCAAGAUUUCCAGCUGCAGCGGAAGACCACCACCUGGGGUAUCUUCGAUAUCUUGCCAGGUGCUGGCUGCGUCAUUCUUGCGUGUUUCGUGCUUGAGUCUGGAGUCCGUCAAAGGAUUACCACUGGAUCAAGCAAAAUCCCUCGAGUCCGUCCAAGAGUUUCUGAUGGAGCAGAAAAGCCAAGGAAAGUUCAAACCAACUUUCCGUUGUGGUUUGUAAACUAUUAUAGCGGCCUAUGCCCCAAAUUCAAGAAAUAUAUCUUUUCCCAAUCCUUCAGCAGGGCCAUGCGCCCUGGAUCUAGGCGGACCCUACUACGCCCACUCAUUAUGGGCUAAGGCCGCCCACAACUGAAGAACCAAAAAUGGCUACUAAGUCAGAGGUUUCAAGAUUUUUUAUAUCAUCCCAAACACGCAUGAACGAACUCAUCUUAUCAGUGCUGGUGCAUUGCCGGGCUGGUGGCACCUAAGUGCGAUUCAUCAUCACUGAGAUGACCAUCCUGUGUCUCGUAGUGGCCUAAAGAAGCAGUUGGGUUGAUAAGGGUUGAUUGUAAUCAAACAAGAUGAAACCUGAACGCUUCUGAAUCCUUGAAGACUAAGUAUCUGACCUUGUAAUAAUAGGGCCCUUUUCAUGAGAACACUCGUGGGCCAUGGUUUCACUGAUGAUCCUACUUGCUUAAAAAAAUGUUCUAAGUUUCAUAAUUUGCCACCCAGAUUUGGGAAGACAUCAUCCCUUGCUGACAUCAUGUGUUGGUGUUCUAACGCUUGAACCUUGCCGACAUCAUCCCUUGCUGACCUGACUCCUGAGCAGAAGAGGCCAAAACCGCAGUGGGCAGGGGUGGAUAGGCAAACGUAUAUACAUGGGAUCCCCUGUCAAGACAAAGUUCAGACAUGAGCUUGCGUCUAAACAAAGUUUAGACAUGGACCCUUUGGGCAUAUAUAUAUAAUUACAUACGUUCUUGGUUUUGAAUUUGAUAUACGUGGCGCCCGAGUUUCUUUUUGAAACAACUUUGUUGACCAAUCGAAUUACUAGCAGAACCAUGUUGCAAACCCAGUUCAAGAACAACUUAUUUAUCAUGAAGAACAAAUCAUACAUAUACUGUAUAUCCCCACGUGUGUUCCUUUAACCCAGUGAUUUUUUCAAACCGAAUUUUUUUUUUGAAACAAAACGAGAAAAACCAAGCUAUCAACUGCCAGGCCAUCGUGUUGCAGAAAUGCGAUUGAGG